UGUUAUUAGCGCUUGAAUGAUAAAUCUGUGAUAUACCGAAUACUGAAUAACAUCAAAAAAUUUAAUUUAGAAAAAAUUAUUGAGUUUCGCGAAUUUUCAGUUUUAAUUUUUCGCUUCCAAAGAUCUAUGUUGUACUUCUGUGAUACUUAACGUAACAAGUUGUGUUUGCCACUUGUUGACCACUUUAUUAAUUUACACCAACUGGUAUUUUCUCAAGUGAAUAUCGUUUACAUUGAAAACUCGGUUUUUUAGUUGUUAAAUUUCGUGGCUAAUAUCAUACUCUUUAAAAUAUCUUCUUUGAAAGUUUCUUUUUUCGCUUCAUAAUUCGUAUUUUGUUCCAAAUCAGUGUUCGUUGGGAUUUGUUAUCAUCUUGCAAAACACAGUUCAACUUCACCAUUCGCCAGCCAGCGUCGAUUUUCAACGAGUCUUCGAAACCGAUGAAAAAAAUGUUUCUGUGUCAUCUUAUUGAGUAUUUUGGCGUUCAUCUCAAAAACAGCUCAUCAUAGGCCGCCAGAAUUGCCAACCGUCACGGAACUCCUUAUAUUAACCCCCUUGCCCCUGCCACCUCAACCGCCAUGGGUCGCAAAAAAAUACAAAUAUCGAGAAUCACCGACGAACGUAAUCGACAGGUGACGUUCAACAAGCGAAAAUUCGGCGUUAUGAAAAAAGCCUACGAAUUAAGCGUUCUAUGUGACUGUGAAAUCGCUUUAAUUAUAUUUAGUAGCUCGAAUAAACUCUACCAGUAUGCCAGUACUGAUAUGGAUAAAGUUUUGCUGAAGUACACCGAAUACAACGAGCCGCACGAAUCGUUAACCAAUAAAAAUAUCAUUGAAUACGUCUAUUCGCAGGCCUUGAAUAAGAAAGAGCACAAGAAUGGUGCUUGCAGUCCGGACAGUCCGGAAGGUGAUACCGAGUACCAGUUGACACCUAGGACGGAAGCGAAAUUUUCUAAAAUCGACGAAGCUUUUCAAAUGAUGAUGCAGAAAAAUCAGCUGAACGCUAAUAGCAGGCAAAUAGAAGCGGCUAAUUACACAUUACCGAUGCCUGUACCAAUGGGAAGUUAUAAUGAAUCUAGUCUUCUGCAAACCAGCCCUCACAUGGGUCAAAAUAGUGUUAGUCCUAGACCAUCUUCUUCGGAAGCAGAAUCUGUUUAUCCGGGCGGUUCGAUGUUAGAAAUGAGUAACGGAUAUCCUAAUUCAACAUCACCAGCGUUAGGCGGAUCACCAUCGCCUGGUCCGUCACCGGUGGCUCAAAGUCUUCAAAUGAAAUUAGACGAUUCUUCGAAGAUGUCUUCUCCUACGACGACGACGUCGAAUAGACCCAAUUUAAGAGUCGUAAUACCUAAUCAACAUGACGAGGAAGUAUCAAGGUCUACCAAAAAUAUCCAUGAUCAUCAUCGAUUGGGGAAUAAUGACCCAAAAUACCAAUCCAGAGGGCCGCCAAUAAAUUUUCAGAAUAAUCCGGCACACAACACGUUGAAUACUCCGGUGGUUGCCGUACAUACUCCGGUAUUGACUUCAUAUUCCGGACUGUUUCCUGAUCUAAAUAGUGGUGCUGAUUUGUUAAGCUGGCCUUCCAUACAAUCACAUUCGAGCGCAUUGCAUUUAGGAGUUCCAAGUUCGUCUCCGGCUACGUCGUCUCCUUCGCCGAAUUCCGUGCAUAUAAAAAGCGAACCGAAUUCUCCACCUAGACCUGAUCAUCAUCCACUGGCUCAUAUGCUAUCGCAUGCGGCUCAUACGUCUUUAGCAGGACAGCAUUUAAUACCAGGUAAUUCGCUUUCAUCGACUGCAGAUAUUCGACACGAGUAUGACGCUGGACCAGUUAACAAACGAUCGCGAGAUAGUUGGGGGACAUAGCACGAACCAUAUGGAACACUUUCCAUGAAAGUGUCGUUAGUCUAAUCAACACGCAACGAUAACCAGAGCGGGUCACUUUUCUUCCUGUACGUGCCAUAAAGAAAGCCUGCAAUAAAAUGCCACAACGUGUGUAUCUGGAAACGCUCAAACUCAGAAGAUAAAUACCGGAGCGUACGCGUUAACGUAAAUAGCCUACGCGUUAUGUUGCAUUAAACGACCAUUUCUAAUAACAGGCGUCAUCCCAGGGACCUAGUUCCAAAUUGCGGUGCUUAUUUUUUGUGUAUUUGUAUUUGUAAUGACAAUUCUCUAUGUGUAGCUUCGAGUUUAUAAGCGUUUAAAUUUAUUAACCGUGCUCUUCUUUAGUUACGAGUAGUAUUCGCAAUCAUCUCCAUCUCCCAGCUUGUGAGAGAUGCGGGUGCGAAUUAGAUGUUGGAUUCUUCCAUACAGAAUACCUACCUAGUUUCUUCCAACGGUGUGUUUUCCUAGUCAUUUCAGUCAUUUAGUGUCUUCUUUAUUAGAUUUAUUGUUUUGGUUUAUGAAAAUCCAUCGAAUCGUGAAUUUUUUGUCUCCAUAAUUGUAUUUUUUUUGGUCCUUUUUUUUAAAACGUAAAGAGAUCUUGUAUUUUUCCAAUUUUUACCCUUAUUUCAAAUGAUUUUUUUUUACUCGUACAUUUUUAUAUACAGAAAUUCACAUACCUGAUUAGUUUUUCGAUUCGAUGUAAAAAUGACAAGAAAAAACAACUGUACGUAUAAAUUGAUAAUUUUUACAAGAUAGGUAAAUUUAAACGCUUAUAUUUCGUGUACGAAUUAGAUGUAUUUAUUAAAAGAAAGGGAAAAUAUCCAAUCGAGAGAAAUUUUCGUGCAAUAAACGGUGCUAAAUUGCGAUUAUUUGUUGUAUAAUUUUAAACGUAGAAAAAUUCGUUUGUUUGUUUUUGAUUUUUCAGCAUUUAAAUAUUAUAAUACCUAAAAACGACGGAGUCAAAUUAUACAAAUAUAUUUAUUUUUAAAAAAUGCCAAAGUACAUUCUAAAUAAUGUCGAACUAUGUAAGUAUAUGUGAGAAAGAGUGUUUGUUGUUUUUUUUUUUAUCUGUUUAUAAACAUAAGUCAAAAUUCGUUUUUAACUUUGAAAAAGUUAUUAUUUUUAGUUGAACUUAAUUCUAUAUACUGUGUAAAAAAAAGUUUGUUUUAUUUAUUUCCUGAUUGGCUGGUACAAUUUUCGGAGCUUAAUAAAUGUACAUGUAAGUUACCUGUUUGUUACAUUGGUGCUAUAUACUGAAAUGUAAUCAAAAUUGUAUUUCUACGUUGACAAUACUUAAUAUUUUGUUUCCCUUCCCUCGAUUUUUUUUUCAAACCGUGAGAAAUUUUUCAUUUUCCGUUUUACGAACGACGCGAAUUUUUGAAGUGAUAAUCUGAGCUUAAUGAAGUAACCGAACUUUUUUUUUUACAUAAUGUAUGCAACCUUUUUUUUCAUACGGGGAAAAAAAAUUUCUUGAAUUUUUAUUUUUCGUUGAAUUUUGGAUUUUUGUUAUAUUUUUUUUUUUUUAGUUAUUUAGCAAACGAGUCUUUACCGUUAAUUUUUUACGUAUCAAAAUGUAUGUUACUCAUUCUAGUUUUGAAAUGAAUUUACGAAUGUUACCUUUUGUAAAACGGUAUAAUACGCGAUUAGAAGAUGAUGAGCGAAUUGUCGCGACAUUUUUCACGUGUAUAGUUAACCAGAUGAGAUUUUCUUUUUUUUUCUAAUUUUAACUGAGCUGAUUUCAAUUUUAUUAUCAAGGUCAAUUGGUGAAAACGAAUUAAAAAGUCAUAUAUUUUUUUUUAAAAAACCGUUUUAUUUUUAUCGUGUAUUUUUAAAAUUGUAAAGAUGUGUUUUUUUUUCUUUGUAAAUAGGUGUUAUUUAAGUUGUUUUGUUUUUUUUUUGUCGAGAACCAAAAUCUGAACGUGAAAAGAUAUCAGAUUUUUGGUUCAUAUUUCAGAUGAUACUUUCAUAUAAAUUUAUAAAUUAAUUUAAAAUUACUGUACUAAAAUUUGAUACAGAAUUGUAUUUGCCAAACGUGAUUUUAUUUUUAAAAUCUCUUCUCUUCUCACGUCUUCGGCCUUUUUUUGUUUUUCAAAAACGCUGCAUUUAUUUUCAAAAAUAUUUCAAUAAGAACGCUGGUUUAAAACGCACAAAGUUAUUUUUUUUAUCUUAAUAAUUUGAAAAUUUUAAGCACAAUGUGAAUAUUUUGCCAUAAAAACUUUUUUCGAUCUCGAAAGCACAAUUAUUGUGAUGACAUUUUUUUAUCUAGAAAAAUAUUACGUUAUGAAUAAUGAAAUUUUAAGAAAAGAAAAAACCAACGUACUACGUACCUAGAUGAAAAGUAGAAUUUUUAACCGGAAUAUUACGUGUCGUUUAUUUGUUAAGUAUGUUUUAAAGCACGCUCACCAAAUAUUGUAACAUUCAAGUCAAUUAUUUCGAAGCUGUUUGACCAUUUUAAAAAGCUUCCGUAAAAUUAAAAAUUUCAAUUUUUAAGUUACCAGCGAAUAUAAAUUUAAAAAAAAAAUUACCGUACAAAGUGCCUAUAAAUUAAAAAGUUUUUCUGUAUAGUACUUAUUUAUUGUUUUAUCAUUACGUUUUUUUUUCUUUUUCUUUUUUUAUGUUAAAUAUUUAUUACUGUUAAAUGUGUUUUAUUGAGUGUUUUUUAUUUUAGAUGCCAUGAUAUCUAAUAAGUAUGUAUAUAGUUUCUUUUUUUAAAACGAAAAAGAGUUAACGAGAUAUUCUUUAUAAUUUAACUUUAAAAAAAAUUAGUUUGUACAUUAAAAAAUCAUACCUAUAUAAUUACGAUAUAUUUCUGUCCUGUAAAAAUGUUUAUAUUUUUGAAGUAAAUAUUAAUUUUUGUUAUGAUCAACGCGUUUUUCUCGGAACUUCGUUUUCGAACCAAAACCAAAGUUUGAUUUUUAGGGUUCCCCGAGCGGAUUGUAGGUACUAUGAAGGAGGUUUUGUACAUACCACACUUGCAAGUUGUAAGAGGACCUUUUCGAACUGACAACAUGACCCCCUCACUCCCCUCACCUCUAUGAACUAAAAUAACAAUAAGCUAGAUAGAUCGAAUGAUCGAAAGAAACAUUUUUGUCAGAUUUCUGAACAUUUUAACUUUGAAAAAAAUCUGUUCGUACAACGAUUUUUUAACCAUUGGCAUUUAGCCCCUCAAUUGACAAUUUUAGGUGGUUAUACCUCGAAAUUCAAGGAAUGCCAAUUCAAAAAUAAAUUUUUUAACAAUAAUUUGCAACCAAAUUGGGAAUAAAAAAAGGGUACAAAUAAAAAUAUUUAAUUUUCAAAUAAAGGGAUACCAUGAGCAGUUUUUUGUUGGAAAUAUCGAUGUAGUAAAUGAUAUUGUUCUCAACCCGUCUAUUUAAGGUAAAUACGACAGUUUGAGUAGGCUCACAUAUUAAUAGGCUAUUAAAAGUAUUGGCGUGUCCAACUUAAAUUUAGAUUCGGAUUAUUCUCUUGCGUCCUAUUUAUAUUUCGUUUCUACCACAUCAAUCAGUAUUGAUCAUUUUGUCGCGUCUUUCUGCGUGCUUUAGCGUUUCGUGCUUUGGUGCUGUACAUACAUACCCAUCUUUUUCGUAGGUAUACCAAGUUGUUUAAUUGUGUGAUCUUGUACCUACUUUAGACGUAAGAAAACGAUGAAACAUUUCUUGGUUGUCCUAAUAGUAUUGAUUGCAUACCUCAUGCAUUCCCAUGGUGUGCACGUUUCUUACAAAUUUCACUUAAGAGAAAACAUCACUCUGAGCUGUAUUGGAGAAGAUGAAGUCAUAUGGAGAGUUCGGAGUCCGGCCACAGACGGCGUCGGCUAUAGAAUAAAGGCGGAGAGCCCUUUCAGGAAACUACUUGAGAUAAAAAAUGCCACAAUUUAUAACAUUGGAUUUUACGAUUGUUAUUCAAAGGGAAAUCAGGAUGACAUAGUGAGGCUUCAGAUUAUUCCUGAUGAUUCCGCGGCUAAAGAGUUGAAAUCGGGAUAUAAUCCAUCAACAUUAUGUCCCGUCGUCAUCCCUCCGCAAUGAUGAAUUAAUGAAAAGGUCAUCAAACAUUUCAAUAUUCUAAUCUGAUGUACCUCUACCUACCUAACCUAUCUGUAAUUCUAAACUUUUCAAAAUGCGUUAUAAAUCUAAAAAAUAAAUUUUUCCUCCACCUA